AUGGCGUCCGCGGCAGGGCCCCGCGGCGCCCCCGCGGAGUCCUCUUCGCGGCUCCCGCCGUCGCACGCGAGCAGGUCGCGCGUCGCGGCGGACUCCGUGAGCCGCAAGGUGAUGCAGGAGCUCCACGCGCUGCAUGUGCGGGCCGAGCGGGACCGAGAGACGAUGGCGCGGCUACGGGAGCAGGUGAAGGCUCUGCGCGUGGCGAACGAGGAGAAGGACAAGGCGCUGGCGUCGAUGGAGCUGUUGAGCGAGACGCUCGCUGCGGACAAGGACGUCGCGGUGAGGCGCGCGGAGACGAGCGAGGCGGUGGUGCGGAAGCUGCAGUCGCGCGGCGCAGUGCUGGCGUCGCUGGCCACGAAGAACGCGGACGGCCCGAAGUACCACACGCUGGAGUCGGCCGUCGUGGAUUUGAAGAAGCAGCUCGCGGACGUCAAGACGGGUCUGGCGGUGGCCGAGCGCGCCAAGAGGGACCUCGAGGCGCGGAACCGUUUGCUGGAGGACGCGCUGGGGCUCGGGAGGGACGUCGGGGCGGAGGUGACGGGCGGGAGCGACCCCUGGUGGCUGGCGCAGGGCGCGCAGGCGACCGAGGGGCCCGAGGCGGUGGAGCAGCUGCGCGCGGCGCAGGCGCGGGUGCUGGUCGCGGUCGCGGAGAGCCGCGAGCAGGGCGUGCUGAUGGCGCUGCGCGUCGACGAGCUCCAGAAGGCGCUGUACGCGACGGAGGACACCGCGCAGGCCGCGACCGCGCGCGCCCGUCACGCGGAGGAGGCCCGGGACUCUGCGGAGAGCCGCCUGGCCAUCGCGCGGAAGGAGACGGAGGCGAUGCACCGCACGCUGCAGGAGGUCGAGGAGCGCGAGCGCGCGCUGGAGGCGGAGGUCCGCCGGCACGAGGUCCGCCGCGUGGCGCUCCAGUCGGACCUGGAGCGCGCCCGGUCUGACAUCGAGGAGGAGCGCGCGCGGCGGCGGGCGGAGAUCGAGAGCGCGGCGAACGUGCUCCGCGACGAGGUCGAGGCCACGUGGCAGCAGCGCGUGCAGGCCUCGGUCGUGCAGCUCGAGCGCGAGCGCGCGGCGGCGGGCGAGGCCGAGCGGGCCGCCAGCGAGCGCGUGCGCACCGCGACGGCCGAGAACGCGGCGCUGCGGGCGGACCUGCAGGCGGCGCGCGCGGAGCUCGCGGACGUCCGCGCGGAGCUCGAGGAGGUGAAGGAGCGGGAGUCGUCGGCGGCGCGGCGCGACGAGGAGCUGCUGGCGGCGCGGAGGGAGCGCGACGCCGCCGUGGUGGCGCGGGAGGACGCGGAGGCGCGGGCGGCGGGGCUGGACGAGGAGGUGGACAACCUGCACGCGCAGCUGGACCACAUGAUCGCGGCGCAGGCGGGCGGGCGGCGGGCAACGGCGCUCGAGGCGGAGGCGGCGACGCUGCCGCCGCAGCCGGCGCGCGUGCGGGAGCUGCUGGGGACGGUCGAGGAGCUGCAGGGGGAGCUGGACGCGGUGCGCCAGGCGCGGCAGCGGGUCGAGGCGGACCUGCGCGGGCAACUGAACAGGGCCGUGGAGGCGCAGGCGGCGCUCGGGAGCGAGGUGGCGGGGCUGCGGGCGCGGAUCUCGCGAGUUGACAGCGAGGCGAGGGCCGCGCGGACCGAGGCGAUGUCGCUGGCGGACCAGCUCGAGAGGGCGCGCGCGGAGAUUGCGGAGCUGCGGCAAACGAAGGCCAUCCUGCAACAGUCCCUGGCGCGCACGCGGCGGCCGGUCACGUCCGCGGCCGCGUCGCCGGCCAAGCGCGAGCGCGAGCGCCGGGGCUCCGUCGGCCCGCCGGAGCAGGCCGCCACGCAGUCCCAAGGGUUCGCGAUCUCCCUCUCGGAGCUGGCGGCCGGCGCGAACAUCGAGAGCGACGACGAGGCGCAGGAAGCGGGAGGAGCGCCUGCAGAGCCCGGACGGACGGGCGGCGCGCGGCCCGCCGAGGGCGUGGGCGCCGUGGACGACGACGAGCUGUCGUCGCCGCAACGACGGGCGCAGAACGCGGCUGCGUGGGUGGAGAGCUUGCUGGGCGAGGAGCACGGCGGGCAGGACGUGGUGUCGCGGGGGCGGGGGGUGCACGCGGGGUUCGGGGCCGCGGCGGUGGAGGGGGAGUUUGGUUUCGACAACGAGGAUUAUCCACAAGAAGAAGAAUAA